AGAAUCGUUUUUAUUACAAAUAGUUUUAAUAAUGGCGUGCGAAAUCAAAUUCAAAUUCAUUCAAACUUAAUUUCCCUCUCCUAAGGGAUUCCCCUUUACCAGUAUAGAUAGUGGGGUUUUGUGAAAAUCUAAUCAGUUACAAUUUAUUGUUUCACAAACAACUCUUAACAACAAUUUACAAUAAUGUCUCAAGUUAAUAAUGCAAUUUGGAGUUACUUUACCAAACUACCAGAAGUGACAGUGAAUUCUGACACCAAAAAGAAAACUUAUAAAUCAAGUUGUAAUCAAUGUCAAGCAGUGUUAACUUGCUGCCAUGGAAGUACAUCAGGAAUGAGUAAACAUUUAAGAUCUCAGCAUCCCAUUCAAGCCAAAGCUUAUAUUAAGGCAAAGAAUGACAAGGUAGUGCAACUGGCUGCUGACAGGGAGGAAGUUGAAAAGGAGCUUGAUAGAUCUUCAAGUUUGAGAGGUUUCUUUCCAGCCACAACCACUAGUAAAAAAAGGCUGGAUAACCUUAGUAAAAAGUCUCCACCAUCCAGUCAGCAAGGUGAUCAUGAAAAACUUCAAGUAACUCUGGAUGAGUAUGUUAAGAUAGAGUGAUUAGCACUGUCUCUAGAAACUGCAACAACUUACCCAUAUAUAUUAGGUUGUCAGGUCUUGUUUAACGUAAUUUCGAUUCUUUGC